CCUCUCCAAAUGAACAAAAGCCUUUCUAACUUACUGGCAGAUUGACAAGGGUCUGACGACCCCCGUCAGAGUCACGGAAGUCACAUGACACACGUGACCAUGCACUCCCGCACAGAAGAUGAAGGAAGGUGUUCCCCAUCCUACCACUCCCAGGCCAGACCUUCGGAGCUCCUGUGAUAGAGCCUUCCCCUCCACCAGCAGGGUGUGUAUGUCCUUGUUCCUGCAGGAAGUGAAGGCUGGCCUGGUAGCUGGGAGAGCCCAGGGCACAAGGUCUCAGGGUCUUGGUUGCAAGAGUCCUUCUCCACCCCCUCCCUGCCCACCCCACCCCCCAACACACACACAAGUAACUGUCGGAGAAGGAAGUGGAGGCUGAGGCUGGCGAGGUGCCUGGGCGGCAGAAGGAAGAACAGAGCAGGCUCGGCACAGCAGCGUGGUGGAGGCGGAUCUGACCGGUGAGCACAAAACUCUUGAAAAUCCCAUCAAGUCUAGAGUGGAGCAGUGCACUCUCAGGCAGAACUGGAACCAUGAGCGACAAUGGAACAGACCUAACCACCGGCUUCAUCUCCUCCUCCGCAGCCAUCCUUUUGUUUGGCUCAAACUAUGUGCCACUUAAAAAAUACAAUACUGGUGAUGGAAUGUUUCUCCAGUGGGUACUUUGUGCUGCCAUUUGGUUGGUUGCCUUGGUGGCCAACCUGAUAUUACGUUGCCCUAAGUUUUGGCCUUUUGCAAUGGUUGGGGGCUGUAUUUGGGCAACAGGGAACAUUGCUGUUGUCCCAAUUAUCAAAACCAUUGGUUUAGGCCUUGGACUCUUAAUCUGGGGAUCAUUUAAUGCCUUAACUGGUUGGGCAAGCUCAAGGUUUGGCUGGUUUGGAAUGGAUGCGGAAGAAGUACCAAAACCACUGCUCAAUUACUUCGGAGCUGGGCUCUCGGUAGUAAGUGCCUUCAUAUUCUUCUUUAUCAAAAGUGAAAUACCAAACAACACAUAUUCUGUGGACACCGCACCAUUAAUGACAGAGCAUGUGACCGACGAAAUUCAAGAUCCCUGUCCUGGUCAUUCCUGGGUGGAUAACCUCUCCACCGUGCACUCCCGAGCAGUGGGCUGCAGUCUUGCAGUGAUAUCUGGAAUACUCUAUGGAUCGACAUUUGUGCCGGUCAUUUAUAUCAAGGACCACGGCAAAAGAAAUGACAGUGUAUAUUCAGGGGCAAGCCAGUAUGAUUUAGACUAUGUUUUUGCACACUCCAGUGGCAUCUUUCUUACAAGUACGGUCUACUUUCUGGCUUACUGUAUAACCAUGAAAAAUAAUCCCAAACUAUAUCCUGAAGCAGUCUUGCCAGGAUUUCUGUCAGGACUCCUUUGGGCCAUCGCUUCCUGCUGUUGGUUCAUAGCUAAUCACUCCCUCAGUGCGGUGGUCAGUUUCCCGAUCAUCACUGCUGGUCCAGGAUUUGUAGCUGCGAUGUGGGGUGUCUUCGUAUUUAAGGAAAUACAGGGUCAGCAAAACUACCUAUUAAUGAUAUUCGCAUUUUGCAUCAUCUUGACGGGAGCGUUAUGCACGGCUUUUUCUAAAGUCUAAGAAUCACACGCCCAGCAGGUGGCAGCAGUGGUUAAGACAACGCCUCUACUGGACCCUAGUCAGAUUAUUCUGAGAACAGAGCUCAUUUUCAAACAGCAAAUGGACCUCAACUCAUCUUGGAGUGGGUAAAUUAUAGUUUUCACAAACGUGAGAAUGAAGGAGAACUGAUUUGCAGUCAAGUUCGGGGUGACUAAAAUGUCUCCAUCCUUACAGCAUUACAUCUAAGGGUGCUUCUUCGCCACAAUAUAUGUUUAUGGUGUUGUACAGUCUAGAAAACAGCGCGGAGUCCGCACAGAAAGAAUUCUGUGCAUGUCUGAAUCUCCAGUAUAUUAUACUCAUUAAUGAAGGGCGGCAGGAACGAGGCAGAGAAAGGUGGAGCAGCGGGGUGAAGGUGGGGGCAGGUGAGGGAAGGAGAGUUAGCUCACAAUGGAAUUAGAUUCCAAAGAUACCUGCAUCCUUUGCUAGAAAAAGUAAAUGUCAGCAUUGGUGGCUGAAUGUUAAAAAGGCCAUUUCAUUAUUUUUAGCUCAAACUUACUUUUACUUCAUAUUAAUAUUGCCCCAGUCUACAUCACUCACCCAUCUUACUUAGCUCAAAUUGCUUUUCAUUGUCUCCAAAUAAAAAUUCAUCUUCACGGAACAAAAGCUUCUCAUCAGUGAGAGUAUAAUGACUAUACACCAUGUGCAAGUACACACUAUAAACACACACACUAUGUACUAUUCCAACUUUGGGAGAAAUUCUAGAGUUACUGAAAAUGAGGUUGUAGCUCAUCAGAGAGAGUUUCAAGAGACCAAAAGCUCUUUUGGAGAUAUGUGUAUGUGUGUGUUUCCUGAAAAAAAAAAAUUGUUUCUAAAGUCUUCCUUUUAAAAAUCAGAGGUUUUCUUCCUGUUUUCACUGGAGGCUUUUGCUAGGCAAUGAAAAAUGAUGGACAUGCUGGUUUUAUUUCUUUAACAAAACUGAAAUGGAACUGCUUGUACAAUGUUCAUCACAAUGGUUCCCCAACUUUCAAAAUAAUACGACCCCCAGUGCAGCGUGGGUUCCACCCACCCCACCUGACAGUCCAGCACUUGGUUGUGCAGAAGAGACAGCACCGCGUUCUGCUGAAGCGUAUGCGCUGUGGGGGUAACCCGUGUGGGUUUAAAUCCCCUCUCUGCUUCACUGUACUUAGUUGGCUUCAGCUAAGUUUGAGUCCCAGUGUCAGAUUCCUCAUCUGUAAACGGGGGAGUCUGUCGGAACAGGCAAUUGCCAAACCUCUGCUUUUUGCUUACCUUAGGAAGUUACUGUCUGUCUCUUUUGAAGUGCUGAGGUUUUAUUUUCCCUUGCCUAAUAUGAUUAAAUUCUUGUGUUUAUUUUAACUUUCUCUGGUUUGGCUUUCUGCCUGUGUGCACAGAGAUGGCAACGCCUUAUGGAGGGAAGCGGUAGCCCAAUGAGGCUCCCAUCCUCAUUGUGGGAAUUGUAUCCUAUCAGAACAAACAUCUCUAGCUCCUAAUGAGUUUAAAGAAAUUAACAGAGCAUUUCCCCUGAGCUAUCAAAUGUCCUCUUAUUUCUGUAUCCAUUUCAUUUUACGAAGAAUUUUUCAGAGAAAAAAACCGAAAUACUUAAAACCAAUCUUUUAUGUGGAAUUUGGGGGGGGGGUGGAUAAUAAUGGCUGUGGAUCAUACUGUCCCUUUUGGCUCAGACCACGUAACUUGCACAUGUUGAAACAUCUCCAAGAGGUCAGUGGCCAAGGCUGUUUUUACUCCAGACCCUGCGGAAUAAUUACUCCUUCUCCAGUAAUAAAAUCUCUAACACAGUUCAUCUCGACAAGGGCCCAUGAAAACAAACAAACAUUCCAACUUCUAAAUGGAGAUUUUUUCCAAGACCUAAUGAAAUAAAUCUCUGGGAAUGAGCAGGAGAGAAAGACAAGACGGCAGGCUGUAAAUCAGAACCUCACUUCCUAAAGCGUUCCGCGUGGUUUUCCGAAGUACCGAUACCUCACAGGUGCUCCUGAGACGCCGCCUGCGUAUUGUCAUUUCCCUUAACCAACAAGGUACUUAAAACAAGCACUGUUUCCAACUCAUCCAUACCUGACAUAAUUAAAAAGUUUACAAACCUGUCUUUCACGUAGUCCAUAAAUGUUGAUUUAUAGAACUCACCUCAAAUAAUUUUUUUCCAACAGAAAAGGCUGUAUUGCCUGUUUCUUAAAAACUUAUUUGAGAAUUAUAUUGGCUUUAUAUGCAUGUGACAAUUAAAUUUUUAUUGUGAGCUCCUUGAGAGUAGAAGGUGUUUUAUUCAGCUUUAUAUCUCAAGAAGCUAGCACAGCACAUGGCAUGUAAUUUAAAAAGAAAACAAAAAAGUUUUGUUUCAUGAAGAAUAUCUUAAAGUUACAGUCUAAAAUUAAUUAGCCACGGAUUCUUUCAAAACUGGUCUUUAGGAAUUCACUGAAUCACACAUAAAAUAUUAAGUGUUUUUUCCCAGUUGGUUAUGAUGUCUAAUUAGACUAUAUUGUUGGAUUUAAUUUCCUAAAAUUUAACUAAAAAUUUUUGCUUUUGAGUUCAUAAGUGAUACUGGAUUGUAAUAUUAGGGUAGUACUGGCUCCGGAAAGUGUCUUAAAACUGGAUAUUAUUCUUCCUUAAAUGUUUGGCAGAAUUCAAAACUGAAGCUACAUAGGCCUCAAUUUUUUUAAACAAAGUGAUUUAGGUUAUGAGCUUUAUUUUUUUAAGAUUUUAUUUAUUUAUUUUUAGAGAGGGGAAGGGAAGGAAAAAGGGAGAGAAACAUCAGUGUGUGGUUGCCUCUCGGGUGCCCCACCCUGGGGACCCAUGAACCCAGGCAUGUGCCCAACUGGGAAUAAAACCAGUGACCUUUGGUUCACAGGCCUGCACUCAAUCCACUGAGCCACACCGGCCAGCGAUGAAUGAGCUUUCUUUAUUUAUGUCAUUCAGGGAAUUUGCUAAGUUUGUAUACCUUAUAGAAAGUACUGGCACAAUCUUGUUUAUAAAAUUUCUUUAUUCUCCCCUUCAUAUCUACAGAAUUUGUAGUGAUGUCCACUUUCUCACUUCUGACAUUGGUGAUUUUUCUUUCUCUGUCUGAACAUUACAGCUAAAAGUUUAUCGAUUUUGAUUUAUUCAACAAAUUAGCUCUAGGUUUCCUU